GCGUGCGGGACGGCGCGCACGCGCGUUGCGGGGGGCGGAGGGGGCAGGCAGGAGGAGGAGGAGGAGCGGCGGCGACGACGACGACGACGACGGUAUUAGCAGCGGUAGCGAAGGACAACGGCGGCACCGACGGCCGAGACUGCCUCAGGCGCACUUCAGCGGGCGAAGAUGAAGCAGCAGCAGCCGGUAACGUCGGCGGCGAACGCGAGCGCCGCCACCGCAGUCCCGGCCUUCCUCAGCAAGCUCUGGGCGCUGGUGGGCGACGCGCCGAGCAACCAGCUCAUCACCUGGAGCCAGGUAGGCGCUGAGGAGGAGGAGGAUGGGGGCGAGGGGAGCGGGAUGAAGCGAGGCCUCCUCGCUCGGUAGGCGACGCGGCGCGGAGGGAGGCGGGAAUGAGGGAGGGGAUCGGUCUCCCCGCCAUCUCCCGUCACCGUUUCAUGGAUGGCGCGCGCCUUCCUUCCUUCCCAGCCUUUUUCUCUCCGUCUCCCCUCAGCCGCCCAUCUUCGCGUCUGUUUUGCGUCUUGGGCCUUCGUUCGGACAAAAGGCCGGGGGGGGGGGAGAGAGAGAGAAGGGAAGGGGGCGUGGUCAGGUGUUGGUCACGCUUUCUGUUUUCCUGACGGGCAUGGGGGGGCAGGGGCUUCACGCGGCCUACCCGCGAAGGGCCCCGUGAGGCCCGAGGCGCACUCGGGUUCGCCGUGAGGGCGCCUUCGUCCGAGGGAGCGGGGGAGAAAAGGAGGCCUCGGCAGCCGUGUAUGCACACCAUACGGUAAUCUGAAGGCCGCGCUUCGGUUUCCGCAACAUGGAACCCCCCCCCCCCAAUCUACCGAAGGGCUGCGAAACAAGUUCCAGGGGAAGGGAGGCGACAGACAGCCAAAUAUAAAGGGGAGGAGAAUGUGCCGCGCGACCCUUCCCAAACGUGGCUUUGACGUAGGCACGUGUGGAUCAGUGCAUAUCUACCCGCUUCCUUAACACGGAGGUGGUUCGCAUGUAGGAGAAACGCCUUGUAUGGAAACAGUCCGCAACCAGAGGGUGAGGGGUGUUUCUGCGUGUGGCGUACACACAAACAAAGGCACGAGUUAAGAGGACUUGAGGACAUUAGGUCGUGAGCAUCUUACUGACUGUGUUAAGAUAUGGUUUGGGGGAGUCCCUGGUUCAUGCAUUAUUAUUUUCUCCUUAGGCAUGAACUUGGUCAGUGGUUCUCGGUGAACCAUUACAGUAUUAUCUUGCCUAUUACCUCCACAACAUGGGGCCUUACAAAACUGUUAAGCAGGAGUGGCAGAACUGCCCUUACAGGUACUGGCUCAGCCUCUUAUGCACUAACACACGUAUCUGCCAUUUUAUUGACUUCCAAUAGUUCAUUAAUUUUGGGAAGGAAACAUAAAUACACAUAAAGUGUUGGAGUCAGUAGAGAGGUUUAGACCUGUUUGUAGCUCCAGGAGAUCAGCAAGGGCUGAAGGUGGUUCUCAAGUCAAAAAAGGUUACUCACUUCUCUUGUAAACAGAGGUAGCCAUGUUGGUCUGUUUUAGUCAAAACAGCUGUCUUGUGUAUUGCGAUGUGGAUCAUUUUGAAUGCACUAACGUGCUAAAUAAUCACUAUAGUUUCUUGUCCUAGGUUUGAUUCUAGUAGUGCUCCCCUGUAAGUAGGCUUACAUGGAGAAGAGGAGGUGGCAGCUCAGUAGCUCCGUAGACCAUAUUGGGCUACAGUUUGUUAGAUUACUGCUUCUCUGUUUUGCCCAAAAUAGACAAAUUCCAAGAAUUAUGGAAGGAGUUACACCUGUAUGAAUAAAACCUUAUGGUGAGAAGCAAAGAACUGAGAUUGUUAUGAACAAAUUGAUGAAUGUUGAGUACACUCUUUCUGUAACAGUGUAGAAGAGGUCCUCUUUCAUUAGCAUCACAAUUGUCUGGGAGCUUGUACAAAUUGGAACAGCAGGGUAGGAAAGCUUUGGUGAUCAAUUUUCAGACAGUCUUUGUAUGCCUAAGGCAAACAAUGUCCAGAUCUCAGGAGGCAUUCAUCUUUUGCAUAGUUUUUGUGUCACAUUCCCUAUCCUGCUAACAGUGACACUUUAUUUUUAGCAUAUGAAGUUUUAGGUACGUAAUUCUUUUGUUUGAUUCCAGGCUUAGGAACUAUUUGGUAGGUAAAAAUAGGCUAUUUAAUCAUCUUAAUAUAAGCAGUAAGAUUUACACUGCAUUCCUAUUACUCAUUUGCAGUCCAUUUUGUAUGUACAUGCAUCCAUUUCAGGUCUCUUUAAGAGGAAGGACACUUUCUAUUCAGGAUACAGUUGCAGGAAUUUGUGCAGUCAUGUACACCAGUUUGGCAAAGAAACAAAAGCCAGGGUGUUAUGGGUAGAUGAAGGGGCAAACAAUAUAGAAAGGGCAUUGGUGGCAGCAAAGGUUAAGAGCUCUGCCUGAGUGCUUGUCCAGGAAAUCUCUCUUCAUCUUCCCUUGCAGCAUUUCUAUGGAAAGCUGCAGAUGUGGUGACUUAGUCAAGUCUUCAUCCAGGUAAUUGAAAACAUCCAAUCUCUCCUAAAGACCUUUCAGGAAGUAGUACUAUCAAGAAUGCUACCAAAGCGCUUGACAACAGGGAAGCAGUAGAUAACAGACCAAGGACAGUGGUGUAGUCACUGGUGCCACCAGUUGGAAACCCAGAAUUUGCAGGGGACAAGCAGAACAGGCCAAAUCUUGCAGUUAAUUUUGUAAACAAGAAUUUUAAAAAAGACCAGCACCACCAAUAAUGUACGCACUGCACAUGUGCUCUGAUGUGCACAUGAAACUUUUGUUCAAGUAGACUUUUUCACGGAGAGACAAGUUGGAAGAAUGAGUCUUUUGGGCCGCUCCCUUUUGUGACCAGAGUAUUUGAAUAUUUUCUCAACCAAGAAUUCUCAUCUUUGUAACUUUCCAAUUACUGAGCAACAUGCAUACCAUACUAAUAGGGAAUAUGGUCUGCCUCCUUCAUGUUUUAUCUGAGUAACCUUGAGGAGUUGUGGAAAUAUGUUUGUGUUUUGUCUCAGUUUUUAUGUAAGAAUAAAUAAUCUGAAAUAUUCUAAGCUCAGCCAUGAUAAGAAUGAAUAUUACUUGGGUAUGCAUGUAUGCAGCAGAAUCAUUCUGCAGUUGAUUCUCAUUUAUCUGUUUCAUUUUUAAUUACCCCCUUCUUCCUGAUUUACCUGAUCUUGCUGCACUCUGUACAUUGUUUCAGUAUGCACAAAGAUUAGCAUAAAAAUAGUGAGGAGCAAGAGGCAAUAGGUGAUUCCUAACUUGUAUGAAUGGAGUUGCAUUAUAAGUGGUCCAUGUUUCACAAGCAUACAGUAAGGUUGGUAGUACAAUAGCUUUGUGAACAAGCAUUUUGGUUUCCCUGCGAAUGUACCAGUCCACAAACACACUGCGCUUCAAUCGUGAGAAAGCUGCACUCGCAGAGCUCAAAGGUUGUUGGAUUUCGGCAUCAAUGUCAGCCCAGGUGGGAGAAGUGAUUGACACUUUCCAGCAUUACACCACUGAGUUGGAUUUGUAGCGCUGCAGAGGUGUCGUUUUUCUGCUCGUUGGUACAGCGCUUUGGUUUUUUGGAUGUUGAGCGAUAGGCCUCGCUUUUUAUAAGCUUAUGUGAAGAUAUUUAGGAUGGUUUGGAGGUCAUCCUCUUGAGUGUGUAUGCGCUAUGUUGUCAUCAGUAUGCUGAAGCUUUAUGGCAGAAGUUAUGGUAACCUUACUCUUUGCUUUCAGCCUACUCAAAGAGCUUUCCAUCUGUUCGAUAUGAUUUCUAUUCUGGUGGGGAGUUUCCCUUCAACAAAGGGUAGGGUCAUGGCAAUGAAAAUAAUAAAUAGAGAGUUGGGGUGAUAACACAACCCUGUUGAACACCUGAUCUCACUGUGAACGGUUCACUUUGAGAGCAAUUAUCUGCAAUUGUUGCUGUCAUAUUAUCAUGGAAGAGCCAAAAGAUGUUCACAAAUUCAUCUGGGCAGUCGAUUUUAAGGAGGACAGUCCACAGGGCAUUACGAUUUACAGUGUCGAAGGCCUUAGUCAGGUCAGUAAAUGCCAUAUACAGGGGUUAGUUUUGAUCUUAGCAUUUUUCUGGAAGCUGUCGAGCUGUGAAAAUCAUGUACACUGUCCCCCUAGAAGGUUGAAAACCAUUUUGGGAUUCAGGAGGAGUAGCCUCGGAUAUUGUUCAGAGACAGUUUGCUAAGAUCCUUGCAAGAAUUUUGCAGGCUGCAGCUAAUAAAGAGAUGCUUUGAUAGUUUCCGUAAUCCGUUCUAUCACCUUUUUUAAAGAGAUUGAUAAUUUUGGCAUCCCUAAAGUCUGCUGGGAUCUCUCUCCCAAAUUUUUUCGAUGAGCUAGUGAAGUUGUUGUGUAAGUUUAGCUCCGCCCACUUUGAAGACUUCAGCAGGUAUCCCAUCACAUCCGCUGGCUUUGUUGUUUUUCAUUUGGUUAAUGAUAGUCUAUGCUUAAGAAACUGUUUUACAUUUCUAACCACAUUAUUUAGGCAUUGAAUGUGAUUGUGAUCUUCAUUGCAGAAUGGACAGAGUUUCCUUGUGUUGGAUGAACAAAGAUUUGCCAAAGAGAUUCUUCCAAAGUACUUCAAGCACAACAACAUGGCAAGCUUUGUGAGACAGCUGAAUAUGUGUGAGUUUUAUAACAAUAUGUAGUAUUAACCUUUAGAUAUACUGGUCUACAUUUAAAACAUUGAACUCCAUGGAAUUCAGUUCUGAGAUGGAUUCUACCUUUUAUUGUAAUAACAGAUUCUAACUAUUCCUCAGUUUUAAUCAUUUAUUGUACAAAACAGUAUCGUAAGGCAUUCAGCUGCAGUCACUGACUGGAAUGCAAGGGGAAACAAGCAGAAUGCAUACUGCAUAUUGAGUGAAUCAAAGAAAUGUAGACUUGGAAGGGACCCAGAGGGUCAUCUAUGCAGGAAUCUCAACUAGGAGGACAGCUGACGCUGAGAGAAUUGAUUCAAAGCAACGAGCCAUCCUCAUAGCUGCAGCCUGCAGCUUGGCUUUUGUGUGAACUUCAGUCAUGUUUGACAACCAGUAAUAAUGGUUUUUAUAAGUGUUUUGAGAGCAUGUGUGGCAGCUUUAUAAAAAAGAAAUCCCAUGAUAUUGAUAGUAUCUUCUUCCAGAAGGGACAGGUUUUGACAUGACAUGUAGCAGUAUAAGUUCAUCUCCUUAUUUUAGGAAGGACACCCAUCUUGUAACACAGCAUAGCGUUGUGAUGAUUGAAUGUGUAUGUCAUAUUUUAAGUGGCACUUUAAAACUAGAACUCUUAGGUAUAGCCUUUAUAGUACUAAUAUAUAAAGGCUGUGGUUGGCUUUGUUGUUCUACCUUCCGCUGCUCUUAUGAGAACGGCCUUGUUAUCCCAAGAUAAAACCCAGGACUAAUAAGGCUGGAAGGGAAACAAAAUGGGACCCUGCAUAGGUUGAUAAUGCACCUAGGGUUAGUCACACAGAAACUUGCACAAAUGAAGGGCAGCUUGUAGCAGAAUAGCUUUCACUAAAGGUAAAAGAAAUGUGAAUAGGCAGUGCUGCUACCUGCACAAAGACAGCAACAUUUUUUUCUCAGCUGAAUGAGGAUUGUAGCCUUGAUUAUUCCAGUAGGCUUUUCCAUAGUUGAUUUAUUCUUUUCAGAUGGUUUCCGUAAGGUAGUCCAUGUUGACUCUGGCAUUGUCAAAUUGGAAAGAGAUGGCCCUGUUGAAUUCCAGCACCCAUACUUCAAGCAAGGACGGGAAGACUUACUGGAGCACAUUAAAAGAAAGGUUAGUGAAAGGGAGUCUGGAAGCUUUGAACCUUCUGUAAGCACUGACGUAGAUCCAUGUGAGGGUUUGCCAGGAUCUUACAGAUAGUGUAAGUGGGAACAGAAAUCUAGAUUACAAAAAAGGAACAGUACAAUUCUGUUUUACUGAGUACAAAGCAAUGCACAUGCCAACAAGACUGCCAUGCAACGGUUCAAAACAACUGCAUGCAAGCCUUCAGUCACAUCAAGAUCUAGAACUACAGAUCAAGGAUGGCUUACUGUAACCUAAAAUAUGCCUUCAACAAAGGGGGAUGGCCAGUUCUCUGAUCUAAAGGCAGAAGCAAGUCUUGGACCUAUUUUGAUCAGUAUAAGGAAGCGCUUCACCAAUGAAACAGAAAUCCAGGGAGAUGUUCAGAGUCUUAUCUUCAUUUGGCACAACUUGAACUAUGUCAGAAUUCACUUGCUUACCUUCCACACUUUUUCUCCUCCUUUUUUACAAACCCCACUUCUUCCAUCCCUUAUGCUUGCAAAAAUUGUCAUCUGACCUCAUUGAAUGUUUGCAUUAUUUAUUUCUUCAGUUUCUAGUUAUUUGCUAUAAUACCUGCAUAAGGUAGCUUUGGAAAGCAUCUGGGUGAAAAGGGAAUUCUCUGUAAGAGAUGGAACAAGGCCCUGACCAUCCAGCUUGAAUACCCCUCCCAUUAUUCUCUUGACCUUUCUGCCUUAUAAUAAACAUACAUACGUACAUAGCACUUCCCUUUUUAUUCUUUCUGAAUUAUUUGAAUUCAGCAUAGCCUUUGUUUAUUUCGUUCAUUUUCAGAUAGCAUAUGAUCCCUACAUGAUCUUGCAGAUUCCAUCCAUGUGUACAUUUUUGUUAAUUGAAAGCAGAAGUACAAAGCUCUGCAUGGAUUCAGAGCAAAACCUUAUUUAUCAGUUAAAUAGUCACUGUAAUCCAUAUUUUUAAAAGUAACAUGUUAACUGAAAUUUGUGGUGAUAAUUCUUACAGGUUUCUUCUUCAAGGCCUGAAGAAAAUAAAAUUCGUCAGGAAGAUCUGUCUAAAAUCAUAAGCAGUGCUCAGAAGGUUCAAAGUAAACAAGAGACUAUUGAAUCCAGGCUAUCUGCUCUGAAGAGGUAAAUAAGAUUUCUAGCUUGAUUUUUGAGGAGAAAGAGUAUGAAAGACUACUAGUUCAUCUAAAACUGUUUUUAGAUUGCUGUAAGCUGCCCAGAGUGGCUGGGGGAACCCAGCCAGAUGGGCGGGGUAUUUACUAUUACUAUUAUUAUUAUUAUUAUUAUUAUCAUCACCAUUAUUAUUUAUAUCAUUACUGGUGGGUUUAUGGCACCUUUAAGGAAACAGUUGUUUAUUAAAGCUGGUAUUCACCUGAGUGUUACUCUGAGUAGACGCAUUGAAAUUAAUGGCCAUGACUAUGGGUCUUCCAUUUCAAUGGGUCUGUUCUGAGUAAGGCAACUGAGUACUCCCUGUAGUGCUGUCUUUGUGUAUUUUGUAUUACAAAGAAGAGGUGUGACAGGUCCCUGUUUCAAGGAAUUCACAAUCUAAAAUAGGAGUGGGGGAAUAAGCAUGAAUAUGUGAUUAUUUUAAUUAUAUAUGUUUUGGCUUAGUUAACAAUAAGGUAUAAUUACAGUUCCAAGUUUCACUAGGUCAGUUAUUGGGAUGCGGGUGUCGCUGUGGUUGAAACCACUGAGCUUCUUGAGCUUGCCGAUUGGAAGGUCAGCAGUUCAAAAAUGUGCGAUGGGGUGAGCUCCCAUUGCUCUGUCCUAGCUUCUGCCAACCUAACAGUUGGAAAGCACACCAGUGCAAGCAGAUAAAUAGGUACUGCUGCGGCGGGAAAGUAAACUGUGUUUCUGUGCACUCUGGCUUCUGUCACGGUGUCCUGUUGCAGCAGAAGUGGUUUAGUCAUGGUGGCCACAUGACCCAGAAAGCUUUCUGUGGACAAACACUGCCUCCUCAGCCUGAAGCGAGAUGAGUGCCCCAUAGUCACCUUUGACUGGACUUAACCGUCCAGGGGUCCUUUAACUUUUUACCUUUAUCUGGGUCAGUUAGUAAUCCUUAUAUUGACUGUAAACAUUUUGAAACAGAGAAAAUGAAUCUCUUUGGCGGGAGGUAGCAGAACUGAGAGCAAAACAUCUGCAGCAACAGCAAGUUAUUCGAAAGGUAAUUAUGUAACUUCUUUCUUCAUAAGAAUAAUUUAAAGUAAUCUAUAAUUCAGAGCAAAAUUGGAAGGGAAGCAGUAAUUUGUGUUGGAAAGGGGCAGGGGUUUUAGUGGAAAUUGGUAGCUUGAAUGGUAGGUGACUUGCAAUAAUUCAAUAAAGCUUGAAAUUAUCUUCUCGGAGAUAACUUGGAUAGUGGGUGGCAAAAAGCUCAGAUGAUCUGUUUAGGAUAUGGUAGCAUGAAAUGUAAAGGGCAUUAAUGAUCUAAUUUUGUUAAAAUUGCAUAACAAAUGGUUAAGAGAUUAAACGCAGGGAUAUACACAAAAUAUAAAACUUGCAGAAGUCCAUGUUUUAUAUUUUGAAUGCCUUUAAGUUCCAUCUCAUAAUUUUUAAAUUGUUUUUAGACAAAUCUGAUAUCUAAAACAUACAAAAAUUAGGCUGUUUAGGGAUUUGCACUAUUAUCUCUGCAUUAGAAUGACACCCAGACCUCUAAAUCCUCUUGUUCUUAACUUUCCUAUUAGGAAGGUGACUCUAAGCCUUUGAUAUUUCAGGCUUUAAUUCUAGCCUACUUGACUCUGUAUAGUACCAUAAAAAAUAAAAUUGAACUAUUGAGUUCAGUUGAACUUGCUCCUAAUUGUAUGUAGGAUUUUUCUAAAGGCAACAUUCUGUCUUUUUCUGCAGAUUGUACAGUUCAUUGUCACCCUUGUUCAGAAUAAUCAACUUGUGAGUUUGAAACGAAAACGGUAAGUAUCAGGUUGACGAUACUGGAAUUGUAACACAGGUUUAUUUUGUGGAUAUAUAGUGUUUAUAGAAGCAUAAGUUUAAAUCCUUGUGUUUUUUAAAAAACUUUUUUUCUUUUAUGAUUUAGCCCAUUGCUUCUGAAUACUAAUGGGACACCGAAGUCCAACAUAUUCCAGCAGAUAGUCAAAGAACCAGCAGAAAACAAACAUCAUGUGAGUUAAUACUGAAAUAUACUUAAGGAAAGCAUUAAAAAAUGGGCAGAAUCACUGCUUGGUUGGCCAGAGAAAAUACAAUAUUCCCCAUGAAAAAGAGUACAGUAAUCAUUAUUCACAUAGUCCUUGUGUUGGCUGUUCUCCUUUAUAUGGAGUGAAAAUAGAUCAGGCAUAUAGCAGUAAGGUACCAAGAAUGCUGUUGACGGAAAGGGAGGGGCACCAAGUGAUGCUUUUCCAUAGCAUUUACACCCAAUACUGCAUUGUCAGAUUAUUGUUUAGUUUUGAUAAGCUAAAUGAGGAGGAAACAGGGCAAAAUAUUCAGCUAAAAGAGCAGGUGUCUUUGAUGUAGGAGCUAUUCUUUUCCUUAAACACAAUCUGAAGAAGUAUUGUCUGUACACACUGUACAGAUUUUGCAUUCUUUCUGCAUCGUCUCCCACAAAUUAUUUCACUAUGUUGUAACUUUCUUCCAUUCAUCUUGAACCCUCUAAGGCCCACAUUGGUUGUGAAGGUGAAAAUGUUUCCCCCCCCUUUAUUGUGUACACACAAACUUCCUAAUUAGGAUGGCAACUUUUGUUCAGAACUGUACUUACUGUCUCACCCUCACCUUACAAAGUUAAGGGGAGGGUGGUUUCUCCAGAUUCUCGUUUUAAGCUGUUUUUUACAUUUGUCAGGACAGCUCAUUUGGAAAUUGUAUCAUUUUCCUCCUAAAUGUAUGUUUAGUAUGAUGUCUGAAUUCCUAAUGAUUUGUAAAUCUAAAUUGGUUUCCAUUUAUGGUUUAUUUAAAUUUUUGAAAAAUCAUUAUGACACUAUUUUGGUUCUUGUAAAUGGGCAGGUACCGCAUAGCAGGACUGAUGGCUUAAAGCAGAGAGAACAGCUGUCAGACGAUAUUAUUAUUUAUGAUAUCACUGAUGAUAUUGGUGAUGAAGAAAAGCCUCCAGUUACUCCAGAAAGCAGUGAAGAUGCUGCUUCAGACUCAAAGUAAGAAAAAAUAUUUGGAAUUAAAUAUCCUCAGGCACACUGACCUACAGAAAUUAUGUCCAUAUCUUACUUGAUAGUUUGACCCUCUAGGUCUUGUGUAGAUCCCAAGAUACCUGUGUAAUCAAAAGAUAAGAUGCAAGAUAUCCAAUAGGUUAGUCUAUAAAUUUUAACAUUAAAUCAAAAUUGUUCUGAAAGGUAACUGAUGAAAGGUGUAGGUUUAAGGGAGCCAUCCUAAAGCCUAUGGACCGCCUCUCCUGGUAUGCCCUGCGGAGGACCUUAUGGUCCACAAACAAUAACACUUUGGAGGUCCUGGGCCUCAAGGACGUUAGGCUGGCCUCGACCAGGGCCAGGGUCUUUUCGGCCCUGGCCUGGUGGAAUGCUCUGUCGCAAGAGACCUGCAGUAUUUGACAUCUUUCCGCAGGGCCUGCAAGACGGAGCUGUUCCAACAGGACUAUGGUCGGGGCCCAGUCUGACCCCCCCACAAACACACAAACUUUUUUUAUUUUAAGACCCAGUAUAUAAGUGGCCGCCCUAAGCCUUUCCACCGACUCAUAUAAGACCAGCACAGUUGGGCCUGGUGAGCAAUCAGUGUUCCCAUCCCCUAUAUGUAUUUUAAUCAAUUGUUUGAUUUAUGUUUUUAAUGUAUUAUACUUUGAUGUUAGCUGCCCUGAGCCUGGUCCUGGCCGGGGAGGGCAGGGUAUAAAUAAAUAUUAUUAUUAUUAUUAUUAUUAUUAUUAUUAUUAUUAUUAUCAUUGGAAGUGGAGUGAGUGUAACUUUGCUGUGGGGUGUCAUAUAACACCUGCUAGAGUCUCCCUGAUGUACACUCACAAAAAGCUCCACAGGCAUAUACUCCCAGCAGUAUAGGACAAAAUGGGGUAUGUUGGAGCAGAUUUCUGGGGGCAGGAUUAAAAAAAAAGAGUAUUAAAAUAUGCUACCACCUGCCAUCCUAGCCACAUUUGAGUUGGAAGAGCUUACCUCUCUUCUCUUUCCCUGCACCCCAACAAACAGGUACUUCCCACUUCUACCCUUCCUCCGAAAAAAAGAAACGUACUGGUAUUCUCAGUAUUUGAGCAUUUAAGGAAGUGCAAAACAAUAGCAUUAUGUAGCUCAUAACAAGGGCAGCAGUUUAAUAGCUGUUCUCUACAUUAACAUGAGCUGCAAAGGAAAUGUGGUGGAUGUUGCUUCUCUUGAAUCACAUUUUAUAUAUGUAUUGCAGUUACAGUCCUGACAUUGUAAUAGUCGAAGAUGACAAUGAGGAUGACUGUGCUCCUAUAAUCCAUGAAAAUACAACUGCUGAACCAGCCACAAUUCCAUCCAGUGAUUCUGUCAGUCCUUCCCCUUAUGGUGCAAGCCCAUUAAUGUCUGGUGCUGUUCAGUUAAACAGCCAGUCAACCUUAACAGCAGAAGACCCAGUCUCAAUGAUGGAUUCAAUACUCAGUGAGAAUGGAGUGAUUUCACAAAAUAUCAAUCUUCUUGGAAAGUGAGUCACAUUCUUUAAAUCAUCUUUAAAGUUCACACUUGUUCUCUCUUUUUUUUAAGAGCUUAAAGAAGAGCUACAUGAAUAUUUAAAUUUGCACUAGUUUUCUGAUUUGUUGCUUUCUGAAAAUGGCAUAGUGGAUGAGAUUCAAAUGUUUCCCAAUUCUAAGUGCUGGUGCUGACCCAUUUAAAGCCUUACACAGCUCAGGACCUCAAUACCUUAAGGACCACCUCUCCCCAUACAAACUAACCCGGACCCUGCGCUUGUUAUCCAAGGCCCUUCUCUAUGUCUCCCUUCCCCAAGAUGUUCAGAGAGUAGCAACGCAAGAAUAGGCCUUUUCAGUGGUGGUUCCCCGUCUGUGGAAUGCCGCCGCCAGAAAUGCUAGCCUGGUGCCAUCAUUACAUGUCUUUAGGCACCAAGCAAAAACAUACCUCUUUACCUUUGGGUAUUAAAUAAUCUGUGGCCUGUUAAGGAGAGGGAGACUGUUAUCGUACUAUUAUAUAUUUUUAUAUGCUCGGCCAGUAAAGCGAGAUGAGCGCCACAACCCCAGUCUCGUUCGUGACUGGACUUAACUGUCAGGGGUCCCUUUACCUUUAAAAUAUGUUUUUAAUGUUGUACACUGCCCUGGGAUCUUUUGAAUAAAGGGUGGUAUAUAAAUCAAAUUAAUAUUUCUUCAGUAUUCCUCAGUUUUGGAUUCAGUAGUAAAGGUACAGAUAGCUUUUAGAGUAGAUGCUCAUUUCCUUUUUUAAUACUGAAUAAUGUCAUGCUUAGUGUUUACUGAAAGACUAGUGGUCUUCUGUAGAAUCAAUGCAUGCUUGAUCCACUAUAUACCCCCAUGGUAUAUAGUGGAUCACUUUCAGAUACCUAGAAUUAUACUCAUGCCUGUUGAAUUCCAGAUAAUCCUAGUGGUUGUCCUCUUUACCUUCAUUUUUCUUCUGCACUUUGAUUCAUUUGUACAAUAUAUUUCUCAGAAAAGCUAGAAUUUCAUGGAGUUUUCUUGCACUCCUUUAGGGUGGAACUUCUGGAUUAUCUUGAGAGCAUUGAUUGCAGUUUAGAGGAUUUCCAGGCCAUGUUGUCAGGACGACAGUUCAGCAUAGAUCCAGAUCUCCUGGUUGAUGUAAAUAUUUACACUAUAUAUUUUUUUUUUACUUCUAUUUUCCUCGCAAAUUUGGCUUUACAAAGAUUUUGUGUAAGAAAAAUACAUUUGCAUUUUUUAAAUGUUAUACCUUAAAAGGUCUAUAUUAACAACAGCUUGAGACUGCAGUUUCAGAGAGCAGCAGAAUAGUAGUUUGUGCUUGAGGGUUUGUGCAGAACAUUUCUAUUUGUGGCUAUUUCAGGCACAAAAGAUUAGUUUGGUUUAUAAGUCACCCAAUUUAUAUCUAGAAUAUAGAAUUUUAAAACUUGGUGUACAUUUUGUCUUGUCCAGCUUUUUUCAAGUUCCGUGCAGAUGAAUCCUACAGGUCAUAUCAAUAGUACAAAAGUAAGUUUUAAAGUAGCACAGCAGUGGGAAAUAUGGUGUAAUGUCAAUGGCCAGUUGUCUAAUCCAGUUGCAUAGCAUGUUAAUAUUUGUUUUAACAUUUUGUGUACCUUAACAAGGCUGAUAUUGACACAUUAUUUAAAGAUGCAGCUGUUUUCCUUUUUGUGCUUUCCAGAUUUUUUUUCUGCAUUUUGAAAAAUUACACAUGUGCAUCUUAAGUUUUCAAGUUCUAUAUUGGGGGGCAUCACAUGCUGGCCAGAACAUCAGUUUAACACAUCAGUAUUUUUAAAAGUUAUUAUCAAAGUAGAUGUAGCAUUCAAAAGAGGGUGAAAAGCACAGGCUAAGAACUGGUUUUGAAAUGGGAGAUUUGCAUCAUUUUGAAAUGUAUUCUCCUUAUUUUAGACAUGCUUUCUAGAGUAAAAUUUGAAUGUGAUUGGGUGGAUAUACCCAUGGUGACAGUCUAGAUUUCUAACAUUCCUGUGUCCCAGCUGCUAGAUAAGUUCCUGAACAUUUGCUUGUAGCAGUUAUCUUCUAGACAAAUGUUUUCUCUGUUCCUUAAAAAAAUUAGUAUGAAGUCAUCUGAUUUUUGUAACCAUGCUUGCUUUUAAGGUGGAGACAAAGGGAAUUGAAACAAUGAAGACUAAUAGUGCUCAACCAUCUACACAAGAUGUGCCUAAUUCUGACCCCAAAUCAGGUUGAUAUGCAAGUUCUCUUAGCUUCAGAAAUGUAGAUUGGGUAUAAUUUAACCUGCAUUCAUAAAUACCCUUAUUUUAGACAUGAAAUGAAUAAAAUAGUUAACAUAUACCCAGUAUGCUUGGAAAGCGAGUUGUAGUUGUGCUGUACAUUGACAAGUUUCUCUUCAUUUUUUAGCCUUUUCUGUAGGAAUAUAGAGCAGUUGAGUAAUUACUUUGGUUUGGUUUGUUUCUUGCCCUGCAGAUAAACAGCUCAUUCAAUAUACUGCCUUUCCCCUACUUGCAUUCCUUGAUGGAAAUCCAGGCUCAGUGGAGAAUGCAAAUAUGACACCUGAAUCAGUAUCUUCUGUGGAUAAACCAAUAGAAGUGGAUGAACUCCUGGAAAGUGGUCUGGAUCCUCAACCAACCCAAAGCAAACUGGUUCGUCUGGAGCCACUGACAGAAGCAGAAGCUAGUGAAGCUACACUAUUCUAUUUGUGUGAACUUGCUCCUGUGCCAAUGGACACUGAUAUGCCACUGCUGAACAACUAAAACGAGAGAGUUAAAGCAAACUAUUUAUUGAGGCUAUUGUUUGGGAUCUAUCUUUUGUAAAUGGCAUUUUGUGAGCAGCUACUGUGGAACCUUAAACAGUUUGUUCUAUCACUUUCCCCAAAACUCGGGUCUCAAAAGAGCAGUUUAAACAUUUAUACAAACCAUCAACAGUUCACAAUGAGUUCAUUCUAGUGCUGUCAUAUUUGGAAUUAUGUAUUCAGAAUAUGCCAGGUAAUUGGAUGCUCUGUAUUAGCCACUCGCAGUUUUUCUUGUUCACUUUUAGUCCUAAUGUAUGACAUACACAAUAAGUAACUCUGGAUGGAGGUCGUAGCACUCAGAGUUUAAUUCUUCUGUACUUUGUUUUCUAUUUUUACAACUUUGUUUAAAUAAAACUGUUAGGGGACCAGAACUGAAUAUAGUGCUUCAUUGAAUUGACAAGUGUCCAUCUUAAUUUCAUAGUCGUAAGAGUAUCCACUACUUGCUUCACCCCAUAGGCACAAAUGCUGUUGAAUGGGUUGGGGGUUUUCUGUGAAUGUGUUCUUUGUUAAAGGGGAUUUUCAGUAGCAGGCUAGAGGAAGUAUAUUCAGUACUAUGAAAAUGUAUGGCCUAUAGCCACAUUGGAUAAAAAAUCAAAACAAGACUCGGAAGACCUAAACAGCCAUUUUUUCUGAAUGUUUACUAAGUUAUAGCAUACACACAAAAUGACUAAAUAUUAAAGCUACCUUGAAAUUGCAUUCAUGUUGAGCCUAAGUCAGCCAUUAAAUAUAUCUAAGUAUUUUUUUAUAGAAAUUCACCACUGAUACUCAGUAAUGCACAACAGUGCUGCUACAGCUGAAACUGUUCUCUGUCAGCUAUGCAAUCCUUAAGGAAAAGCAAACCAGAACUGUACCUUCCUAUUCAAGCAGCAAAGCACAGUAUUUGAAGAUUUCCAACAAACAAACUAUGCAAAACACCUAAUAGUUUCUGUGUUAUGUAGACUUAGGAUUUUCCAGGUACAAAUCCACUGCCGGCAAUGGACACACAAAAGAUAAUACCUUUGACACAAGAAUCAAUGACAUCUGUGAAGAGAUCAGCUAUUAAAAUGCAAGUGUGCUUUAACUAAAAAUGAAUAUUGGUAUAUAUCAAUUUAUCCAGGAAAGUAUUUUUAGAAAGAUACAGAACUUGAUUUACAAACUAAGCUCAAUUAUACCCACACAAGGAACAGAUGGAGCCAGGAUAGUUUUUUUUAAAGUAACUUUUAAAAAAGCUAUAAAAAUAAACAGCGGUACCUGAAGUCUACCUCAUCAGCGUGAAAUAUACUAUACUACAGCUACCAGCAGUGGGGGGACAGCAAUCCAUUUCACUCCUUAAUUUCAAUUUAAUGAGUGCUAGCCCUAAAUACCUUCCAAGUAUUGAUUAGGUUUUUUUAAAAAAGAC